AAUGGAGAGUUACAUCUUGAACUAUUUUCUUAGAUUUCAUUGUGUAUCAAGGCGAAAAAUAACCUUGGAAACAGUUUUGGUUUGGGCCUAUAUCCCCCGCGGACAUAUAGCGACAUGCAUAUUCUAAAUUUAAAACUAAUAUCAGCUAAUUGUUAGCUAUUUAAAGCCCUUAGCACGAAUAUCCAUCAAUAGGCAGCUAACAAGCCUAGCUAAAGAAUUAGCUUUUAAGAAAAUCUUAAAGCGCUGUUUUUGGACGUUUUAUAUUUGUAAGAUAGUUUUUUGCUCAUAAUUAUCGUUGUAAUGUUUCUCCCUCCAUCAAUGCUUUAGCUGUGGUUUUUACCUCUUGGAAAGAAACAAGUUGAGCCUUAAGGUUUUCCUGCAGUCUGCUUCUUCAGAACACACCUCAGCCAUGAUGUGGAUGUGUGUUGCUGUCUUCCUGCUGUGGAUGAGGUCGGGACGGUGCACAGACAAGGCCAACACUUCAGACCUGAUUGAAUACACAGCUGCGGACUUUUAUGACAAAUUGCAUUCUGGGAAGAUGAUGUUCAUCUAUUUUGAGCAUCAAGUCUCUCCGACCAUCUCUCUGUUCCUGGUGGAGUUGGAGAAGUCUGCUGAAGCUCUUCAGGAUUAUGGAGUACUAGUUGGUAAGGUGAACUGUAACAAAGAGCUGGUUUACACGUACUGCGCAGAGGAACAGCUGCUGCACACAGCUUUUUUGUUCAGAGGCGGUAAGGAGUUCUUGAGUUUUGAUUUGGACACUAUCUUUGACGUCAACUCGAUAGUCUCCGAAGUCUUGUUUGCCAUUCUACGUGAUGAGAUAAAGUAUGUCCACACAGACGCUGACCUCCUCGCAAUGGAAAAGGCAGCCAGAGGGAAGAAAGACAUUGUGCUUGGUUAUGUUUGCAGUCUGGGAACACAAGAGCACAGAUCGAUUAUGGAGACGGCCUAUGUGUAUGGAUCCAAAUAUCAGUUUAUUCUCAUAACAGGAGGACCCGUGUUGAAGCACCUAGGUGUAAACGAAUCGUCUCCUUCGUCUCGAGUGUGGUUCCUCCACUGCAGAAUUCACAGUGGGUUCAUGACCCCGAUGACCUCUGAGCGCUGCCCUUUGACCCGCAUGAGGAAACCCCUGUCCACCUUAAGCCUCCACUCCUUCCUGCAGCUCAUGGAGGCUCCACUAGUUACCGAGGUGUACGACGACCCCUCCUCAGUCCAGCCCCCCCAGUUCCCCUACCAGCAGACUCCCCAGGUCUUCCUCUUCUGUCAUCCCGCAACCGAGCACCUGGACCUCGAUACUGCCACCACGCUGGCCUGGAGGCUGCGAGGCCUCGCCCUGCUGCUGCUUGUACACAGGCAGAGCCCUGCAGUGAAAACCCCUGAUGAGUACAAUGCUGCUUACAGGCUGCCUGAGAAGAGUUUAGAAGUAAAGUAUUUGACCUUAAACAGCCUCGAUGAGGUGUUGGUGCUGUUCGCAGAUCAAGAAAAAGAUGAAGAGGAGGAGGAGGAUGAUGAUGAAGAAGACAACGAAGGUGUGGAUGACGAUGAGGAAGAUUCACAUUUUGGCAAGCUGGACGAUGAAAUCGCAGCGGCAGUUUUUGAAAACAGAGGCACCUUACCGGACAUGGAUUCAGUUACCCAACUGACGUCUGACAACUUUCACAGUGCAGUAGCACAGAUUGGCCUCACAGUGGUGCUCUUCUACCUCAAAUGGGAUGCUGUUUCAAUGGCUUUUCUCAGCUCUUUCAUUGAAGUUGCAGAGAGACUUGCAGACUCAGAGGUCAACGAAGUUCAGAUGAGUGUGGUCAACUGCGGCGAAUGGACCGACCUCUGCGCUGCUCAGCCAGGCAGUGCUGUCCCCUUCCAGCCAAUCACUGCCUUUCCCAGUGUCUUGCUUCUUCAUCCCCAGCAUCCGGCCCAGCACUUCAGAGGAAUGCUGGGUAGUGAGUCACUACAUCGCUUCAUCAUGAUAAGCCGUGUAGCUUCUCCUGUUCGUCUGUCCACUCUAGAGGAAGCACAAUUAUUCCUUCUGGAAGUGCCUCAUCCUGAGCUAGCAGGGUACCAGCUUGACAGAGUUGUGGGAUUGUUUGAGGCCCAGACACAAACAGCAGCGUUUACCGAAGCAGCAAAGUCCCUGAGAGGAGAAGCACUGACUGGACUGCUGACAGAUGAACUGGCAGAGAAAUGGGCUGCAGACCACACUGUAGACCUUCCCGCAGUGUUAGUGUUUCCAUCUUGGAGGACACACACUCAUCCUUUCACACUGCCUGCCUCCUCGUCUGCUGAAGAGCUGCUCACACACAUUAACACUGCACUGCUCCACCCAAUGCCUGAGCUGACUGUAGAAAAUCUGCCAUCCUUCCUCUUGCUGGGCAAAGCCCUACUCCUUCUGUUUGUGGGAGAGGAGGAGGACAAGAUUGGGCGGAGGCAGAACCAGGCGCUGGUGAAGGAAAUGAGAACAGUAGUAGAGUCGGGAGGGGAAAUGAUGGAGCGAUAUUUGGCCUGCUGGAUCCAUCUUGGACGCACUCCAGCUGGUAUGUCCGUCCUGGGGUCAUACGUAGGCUCUAUGCCCCCUCUUCCUGCACUAGUCCUCACACACUUGCCCUCUGGAGACCAAAUAUACCAGUACCCACCCAACACCCCCAUAGUGGCCUCCUCAGUCCUUCACUGGCUGCAAAGGGUCGAGGAUGGUACUGAGUCACCAACAGGUUUGCUGGAUGAGGAUAGCUGGCCACCUGCUUUUGAGUUCUAUGACUUCUUGAAAAUUAUGGACAUGCAGGAACCUGACUCCGCCCAGCAGCAAACUCCUAAGGAGGAGGAAGAAGAAGUGAAUGAGGAAGAGGUUAAUGUGAAAGAACAUGUAGUGGUAGAGGACAUGACAAAUGACAAUCGUCACGCUCACUCUGAACUCUGAACAUCAGAUGGAAAGAACACUGCUGAUCUGAUUUGUCUGUUUCUUUAAGUUUUCUUUUCUAUUAAUAAUAUACAGCUUAAAUGUUGGGUUACUGAGUAUUUAAUGAGAGAUUAUUAUCUCUCUGUUAUAGGAAAGCACACGUUAAAUGACACUGAAUUUUAAGACACCCUUCACACUGAUAUAUUUUUGUUCUUUUUCUAUUAUUAUAAUAAUAUUUUUGCCAUUGUGUUUUAAUGUGACAUGCUGGCUAUUAAACCUUUCUGUUGUUCCUGGAUGUUAUUUUUUGAUUUUUUUUAUUGAGACUGUUUCAUUGUCUGAUUUUUACUGCUGUGACUUUGUGACUCUUUUAACUUUGUAGAUGCAUCUGAUUGGCUGUUUUUGUUUGUUUUUGUUUUUAAAGCUGCUCAUGUGCCAGUUAACUGAAAUAAUUAUGUGUCAGUCAGUAAACUGUCUCUUAAUUUCGUUGUAACUC